GUAGUCACUGGUUAAGAUAUGAUGGCAAUCUUUUUCGCUAUGCUAGUAGCCUUGUUGAUUGAAUUUUCCAACAGUACAAAUACUGUUGCGAAUAUCAAUUAGACAAGCUUGUUUACUAAAUUAUGUAACCAAUAAUAUUUUACUGUAAUCACAAAUGAAAUAGCGUUGAGUGUAAGGUAUGAAUAGACUUUACGUGCGCAUUAAAGAAAACAAUACCUACACUGAAAAAAUUAUGAUCAGAAUGAAAAUUGAAAGAAUCGAAUUGUACUACAGAAUUUAUUAAGUGUAAAUUGCAAAUGCAAGUAUGCAAUACUUUGAAAAUUUGUAUGGAAAUAUCUACGUACAUGUGCAUAUAUAUUAAUUAUGCAUUUCUUUGCAAUGCAGAAGCAACACCAUAUUAGAAACAGUCUACCAGUUUUAUAACAUUUUUAAUAUAAGGUAUACUAUUCAAGUAGCAAGUAGCAUGUUCACAAAAUGGCCAAGAUAACUUUGGGUGUGAGCUUAACAGUAGAAAAUUAUUUUGGUAUUUGAAAGAAACUUCGUGUGAUUAAAGAUCACACAAUGCAUACUUGUUAAUAGCGGAAAGGAAACAAAAGCUUUGCGCUAACUAUAAUGCUUAUCUUUUUAUUAAAAUAAAUAAUUGUGUACCAUGGUUCGACAAAGGCUCCCAAAUAUUAAUGGUGUUAGAAAUAGUAAACAUCUUGUAUUAACGCUUAUUACUGGUGUAAUUUUUGGAUUUCUCUCAGCGUGCCUUCUAAAAGCAUCUACAAGAGAUGUGCCAUAUAUAUUUAAUUGGUUUUCUGGUAACCUUCCACUUUCAAGAGACCCACAUCAUUAUUCAGAGCUGGAAUCAGAGGUUGGACCUGAAACAGAAGUAAAAUUUCAUGGGGCGGAUGAAGAUUUCCAUAAAGGUGAAGAUAAAGUCGCGCAGGAUCUUGCAAAAAGGGUGCGCGUACUUUGUUGGGUCAUGACAGGGCCUAAAAAUCAUCAAAGUAAAGCACAACACGUGAAAGCGACAUGGGGCAAACGUUGCAAUAUUCUUUUGUUUAUGAGCUCUGUCGAAGAUAUAAAUUUACCUGCAGUUGCUCUGCCGGUAAAAGAAGGGAGAGACAAUUUAUGGGCAAAAACCAAAGAAGCUUUUAAAUAUGUUUAUGAAAAGUAUAAAGACGAAGCUGAUUGGUUUAUGAAGGCUGAUGAUGAUACAUAUGUGGUGGUAGAAAAUCUACGGUAUAUGCUUUCAUCAUAUGACCCAAGUUCGCCGCUGUAUUUUGGCUGCAGGUUUAAGCCGUUUGUGAAGCAAGGAUACAUGAGCGGCGGUGCAGGAUAUGUACUUAGUAAAGAAGCUUUGCGAAAAUUCGUGGAAGAAGCUUUGCCCGACAAGACAAAGUGUCGGGGGGACAACGGCGGCGCGGAAGAUGUAGAAAUGGGAAAGUGUCUUGAAAAGAUAAACGUUAAAGCAAUGGACACGCGAGAUCCCCAUGGUCGUGGACGAUUUUUUCCUUUCGUACCGGAACACCAUUUAAUUCCAAAUCACGUGGAUAAGAAUUUUUGGUACUGGAAGUACAUUUAUUACGAUACCAAAGAUGGUCUCAACUGUUGUUCCGAUAGCGCUAUAUCCUUUCAUUACGUAUCACCAAAUAUGAUGUACGUUCUGGAGUACUUAAUUUAUCACUUAAGGCCAUAUGGAAUCACGCAUAGCGUGGAGAAACCUACUGCGGAUCAGUCAACUACUGUAUUCACUGAAUACUAGUCUAUCUACAAUAUUAAUCAAAAUACUAUAAAUCAUUUAUGGAUAUGAUGGCAUAUCACUUGCUAUACACUACUGAUGGGUAAAUCUAUCGUUAACAAGUGUCAGAAUAUAACGAAAAAUUCAAAUUAAUUUGUAAAUUUCGACACAUUGAAAUUAUUGAGAAAUCUUCAGAAUGAUAAAAAUCCAUAAAUUAUAUAUUGUUGUAUUUGAAAAAGAAAAACUUAUGGAAAAUGUUUAAAAAAUAUUUUCCAUAACAGUUGAACUGUACAUCUGUAAACCCAACAGUAAUAGCAAGUAUAAUUAUAAUUUUAUUCCUCUCUGUUGUCACGUCAUGACACUAGUCUAUUUAGGCCAACGAAUUAAACGUUAAUAUAUUCACCAAAAGAUGAAACGUGUGAUACAUACGGUAUUUCAUAAUGAUAUAUAUAAUAUAUAUAUAUAUAUAUAUAUACACACAUAGAUAUAAUGUUUAUACGUACCUACAUGUAAUGAUGAGAAAUUUUUAAUUUCAUUCAUCAUUAUUUAAGAGUCGAGUAAAAUGUACACUAUUCUAUAAAUAAAUGUUACAAGCGCAUUAGAAUUGAUCUUUUCUACCAACGAAAUAAUGAAGGAAAAUGUAACAAGUAUUCUAGAAAGAUCUAUUUUUCAAGUAAAUAAAAGAUGUGUAAUCUAAACUAAAAGAUUUCUUUUUAUAAAUUAAACGUUAAAUAUUAUAUUACUAGUAACUUGUCAAGAACUUGGUAAAAUUCCUUGUAGAGAAACAACAUAACGAAUGUUUGAAGAAACGGAGAGGUGGUGAUGUUUCCGAUGAUCCCUUUCGAUUGCAAUAAACAUUAGAGGGAACGUUGUUUGCAACAUCAGAACUGCAAGACACAGAAAAUCGCGUGUAUCGCGUGAAAUGAGGUAUAUAAUUAUAUAUACACAUAAAACUGUAUUUCGUAAUAUUAAUAUAAUAAUGGUAAUAAUAAUAAUAAUUAAUAAUAAUUAAUAAUUAAUAAUAAUAAUCCCAAUAAUGAUGUUCUACCCAGAUAAUAAAUACUAUAGAUACAGUGUGAGUGUGGUGUGUGAGUAAAUUAACCAAUUAAUUUUAUAAGGGGGAGAGGAUUAGGGGUUGCUAUGUACAAGUCAUAUUUGUACUAUGCGACUGACGCAAUUAGCCACCAUUGGCUUCCAUUCAGACGCGCCCUGUAUUCUCAUCUCUUGUGUCUUUUAUUUCUUUUCUUUUUUUUUUUUUUCAUUUGCUCGUUUGUCCGUUAAAUAAUUUUCUUUUUCUUCUUCCUAAAUUGCAGCAGGAACAAACCCUCUUUGUUCUCCGCUUUUUUUUUCAUCCCUCAGCUCAUUCUCAAUUAUCUAAUUAUCAUCUCGGCGAUGUCUCUCAUUUGAUAAAUUAUUUAAAAACAAUAUUUUACACUAUUAAUGUAUGUAUAAUAUAUAGAGGUCACCUAAUUCGAAUAAAAUUUGUCAAACAGCAUCGAAAAAUUGCGCUAACGGGUCCAGGAAACAUGAUAACAGUGACCCAGUGCCGCGCGGAGCAUAAUAUAAUUAUAAUAUUAUAAUAAUUGUCGUACUUAUCUCACACCAGGGGCUUGUACGAGGCAUUUCAUAUUUUUUUUUUUCGUUUACUUGUAAAAAAGAAGUAUCGCCUCCCUUUCCGUUCUUCUUCUCAUUUAUAUCAUCUAUAUAAAAUUAAAAAACAACGUAAUAUCAUUUUAUAUUACUUCGUCGUUAUUAAUAAUAAAAGCUUUGUACAAAAUUCAAUUUACAAUUAAAAACGUUUUGGUUACGUAAUUUUCUAGAGAUUCUGAUUCGUAAUUGAACUAUCUACCGAUAGAGAGGCAAUCGAAAGGUAAACUUCUUUUAACGCGCUCUCUUAUUUUGUUUCCCCGUUUUUUUACACGCAUCUCUCUCUUUAGUUCUCUCAGUCUCUCGCAUGCAACAUUUAACUUUCAUUCUCGUCAGACUCCAUUUUGGUAUGCGGCAAUUAUAUAUGGUCGAUAAUCGUUAUGAUUAUUGGUAAAACACAAAGUACAAUCCAUUCGUUUCUUUUUCUUUUUUUUUUCUCCACCUAUUAAAUUACAGAAAUAGAAAAACUUUAACUAUCGGGUCUGUAUUACUAAGUCGCGAGGUGACUGAACACCGCGUGGUUAAAAAAAUAAAAAAAAAAAAAAAAAAAAA